CUAUCCAUCUCACAAAUCUACCAUAACUAAAUAAAACCGCAUACAGUUAAACCGAAUAUGGCCUCUACCGAAGGAGCUCAGUACCUACAAAAGGUAGACCAGAAUCCGAAGGUGCAUUGCCUCCCAAGUGGGAUGCGAUUUAAGAUCAUCACCAAACCUCCAAGCGCUAACGACGUCAAGUCCCCGACGCUGACUGACAGCUGCUCUGUACACUACCAUGGUACGUUUAUCAACGGAAAACUAUUUGACUCCUCGAUGGAGCGAGGUAAACCCGCGACGUUCGCGCCCAACCAGGUCAUCAAGGGUUGGACGGACGCCCUACAGUUCAUGGUGGAAGGUGAGGAGUGGGAGGUGUACCUUCCCCCCAAUUUGGCCUAUGGUUCUGAUGGCUUUAUGGACAUCAUCCAGCCUGAUACGACAUUGAUUUUUAAAAUCCGUCUAUUGAAGGUGCUGCAGGGUGGUAAGAAUGGCAGCGUUGCGCACCAAAAUCUUGAAAAGGAGAUUGGUAAGAGUUACGCAGAUUUAUGAUAAAUGUAUAUAUACAUUUAGAUGCAAUGUGCAAUCAUAGAUAAAUGGUAAAUGUUUGAAAUCAGCAAUAUUAUAACGAGAUCAACUGAGAUCUUAUGCUAAUUAUAAUAUCGGUAUAU